UGGUCUGUUCUCGUGUCAGUUCUGGAGUUCAGCCACUUGUGUGCACCGGUCUGUGCGUAUGGAUAGUGCCUUGGUACUGUGUUAUGUAUAACGAUACCUGAAACAUCUUAAUCAAGAUAACAGUCACGCAUUUGUUUAACAUUUCUGACAAUUUAUAGAUCUAUUUGCAAUACGCAUACUAAAUGACAUGUUUUACAUGAUUUUAAUAGUGUAUUUUUAACUACAGCAACAGAUUUUAAUGUUACUUUCGUCAUUAGUGGUAUUUUCUGCAUGUAACUUACGCACUGUGACAUAUCUCCGUUUUUACGUGUAUCGAUUUGUAAAACACUUACUUAAGAUCAUUCUAACGUUCAAAAUAUCUUGUAAGAUGCUUCCGGCAUUACGUCAUUUCGUGUCAUACCAGCAGCAACAGCAAGAAAACAGCGAUAUCAGUAGUGUCAUGUUAAGUGGUUACAAUUCUGCACCAUCUCUGCCAGCUUCGCAGCAUUUGAUGGCACUUUCUGAAGCCGCAGCAGUAGCUGCUACGUCUGCCUUUCCCCAGGAGUUCUCUCCCCUUUUAAUGCCUUUUACCAAGCCGUCUUUAUAUACCAACCACCUUGUUCUUGAUCAACAUUUGCCAUUAUUCCUGCCAAGCCACAGCGGUGGGAAAGUUUCAGCUCACCCAUACCUUCUUCCGCACAGCCCCCGUCCGGAGAAGCCACCGUACUCCUACAUAGCUCUUAUCGCAAUGGCAAUAUCGUCUGCACCCAAUCAGAGGAUAACACUAAACGGAAUUUACAAGUUUAUUAUGGAAAGAUUUCCAUAUUAUCGUGAUAACAAACAAGGCUGGCAGAAUUCUAUAAGACAUAACUUGAGUCUCAACGAUUGUUUUGUGAAAGUGCCACGGGAGAAGACAGGAGCUGAUGGCGGUAAUAGUGGUGGUAAAGGCAGCUACUGGACACUGGACCCAUGUGAGGCCGACAUGUUUGAGCGAGGGAACUACCGUCGGCGACGCACCAGGAGACAAAGAGCUGAGCGAGGCGGUACGAGAGCCACGCAACAGUCGUUGGCGAGCUGCAUUUCACAGUUGGUGAGCUGUACAGGGACUAAUGUCAAGGACUGCCACGCAGAAAGUUCUUCUGUGAUCCCUGUGGAAGAAGUGUGUGCAAGAAGCCCGAAGAACGAACAGCAGGACUGCGAAGACUCCCCAGGAAGCAAAGAGGAAGAAGAAACCGACGUGCCAUCAACAACAAAUGCAGAUGACGAUCACUUAACUCCCAGCAAACCGUCUUUGUUUACCAUAGAAUAUCUGAUGAAAAUGCCAUCAGCCGUGCCAUCUAGGCGAGAAAAGUCUGCACUUAAACUUUAAUUACAAGUACAGAGGUGGAAAUAUGUAGUUUAAUUGAAAUAAUGUCCUAAGAAACAGAAUAAAUGUGAUUUUUCCUGACGCUGGUGAUUGUCCAGUGAUGACUGGCACGCUGCUGUGCUUUGAGGCUUCGCUAGAGACAAGGAAAACACUUGAAACUGCAAAAUUCUAGUUAUACACUUACUUUAGUUCGAACGAACUACUGGAUACAAAAUAUGAGUAACUGGUUAAGACUACACAUCAUGAACUGAUUGUUUCGUUCGUGAGGUCCACAGCCGUUGGAAGGACAGUGUAAACAGGACUGACAAUUUCUGUGUUUUAGAAGACUUGCGUCUUGCCAAAUUAAGUUUUUUCUUUAAUCAGAUCGUUAACCAUCACCCUCAGUGAUCUGGUUGACCUCGAAGUCCGACAGAAUAUGUACUGGCCUCAGGAGUGUGCUCGUGUAUAAUAUUUGGGCCCAUAUACAACCUACUUACAAUUACCGCUUUUCCAUAUUUUGCAGUAAAGUUACACAGUGUUAUUGUUUAUGGAUCUGAAUAUGCCAACGCAAAUUACACGCGUGUUUCAAACGUUCAUCGCCAGAUGGGGUGGACUGAAUGGAACAUCGUCUUGCGAUGUCUCUGCAUCUUCAUGACUCAGUUUAAAAACAAAUCAGAUUUGAUAGUGUAUAAUGUAGGAUCUAAAAGUUUGUAACAAUGGUAUAUCAAUACAAUUACUGUCUUUCUGGACAUUAUCUGUCUACCUGUUUUUUGUUUAAAGUAUUUCGGGGACUGGAUUCUCUUUCCUUCUAUGGUGAAAGCUGUUCAGUUAUCUUGUGUUAUUGCUAGUGUCCGGAGAUAAGGACUAGCUCCAUCGAUUGGGCGCAGACAUGUAAGUUCUACCUGAAGACGGAGACAGAAUCCAGUCUCCGAAAGUAUGUGUGCUUUAAAUAAAAAAAAACAACAUGGAUAAUGUUAAGAAACACAAUAAAUGUAGAGUGUAAGAUUUGAGGUUUUCA